CGCAACUGUAGCCUAAUAUAAACGCCAAAAAGAAAAGCUUAGCUGCCCUCCUGGCCUAGUGUUUUUUCCCUGAAUAAAAACCCCAGCAUCCCACCUCUUGUCGUUCUAGUUUUUAUCUUCAAAUCUCCCACCCAUUCUCCCCUGCUUCUUCGCUGGAAAAUGUCGAAUAUCUUCUGGAAAAACUUUCAUCUCUGCUUCACGAAGCUGAAAUCGGAACAUGCAUCUUCCAUCUUACCACCAUCUCCCACAAAACAAGAUGAGACCACUUCAUCGAGGACACUUCUCCUCAAGAACUUCAACUCCCUUUAUGACAUGUCUUCAUCAGCCUCAACCUCCAAGUCCCUUAUGACUCCCUCCACUGACGCCGACUUCCUGUCCUCCGACUCUGACUCUGACGCCGAGUCGCCCCCUGAUUUCGCCACCGUAUUCGCUUCCCAGCGUUUCUUCUUCUCCUCUCCAGGCCGUUCCAACUCCAUCGUCGAGUCAACUGACACAAGACCAGAAGCAGAGUGUAGUACAGAGACACCGACGCUGGAUGGAGGCGUUGCGGUCAAGAAAUACUCGCCGGACCCUUACAAAGAUUUCAGGUUUUCAAUGCAAGAAAUGAUCGAAGCAAGAAACCUAACUGACGUGAAGGAGGACUGGGAGUUUCUGCAUGAACUACUCCUUUGUUACCUUAUCUUAAACCCCAAAAACACCCACAAGUUUAUUGUUAGUGCUUUUGCUGAUAUUGUUAUUAGCUUACUGUCAUCAUCCACGGAUUCUGAUAGCCAUCCGAGACCCGAAAACCACCGCCGGUGAUACUCUCUUUUCCUUCUCUUUUUUUCCUAGUUAGAAAAAAAAAAAAAAAACCCAACGAAAAAUAAUAUUGGCGGUUGUUUUUGUUUUUUGGACUCUUGCAUGCAAAUUAAUUACUUUGUCUUUGGUAAAAAAAGCAUGUUGGAUGCAAAAGGACAAAGAAAUUAAUGUCUUUGAUAAUUGAAGUAUCAAGGAAGCAUGGGAUGUUGAUGUCUCGAGGCAUGUUGCUGUAAUUUUUGUACGUUGGCUGUGUUAUGUAAAAAAAUUGUGUUGAUUAAUUAAGGCCUGAGGGCAUACCAAAAAAAUGGUGUAAUUUCUUGUUAAGUGUUCCUCCUUGGUUGAUUGGCAAAUGGUGAUUGAUUUCUAGGGGGAGGCAAAGUUCGUUUAUUGUUCUUGAGCUUGUUUGUGGUCCACAUAUGCAUUUCGCUUGUUGGCAAGUUUUGCACACAUAACCACGAGGUGACUAGCUUUAUAGAGUUUGUAUUUCGGACAACUCUGCUACAUGUCGGGUCGUCUAUUGAUGAUUGUUGUAAUAAUUAAAAGUCCAAUUCUAAAGAUAGUUGUGCAGUUUUGUAA